AUGAAGGAUGUAUUACCAUACUUCCUAUUCUUUAUAUUUGUAGAGAACGUUUUGGAUCUUUUUUUUGAAGAAGACCUAUCUUGGAAUGAUUCCUUUACAAGUGUUGCUACUGGAAUCGUAUCCAAGACUUGGGACCUCCUGCUGGCUGGCUCAUUUAUUGCUGCGUUUGAGUAUGCUGGUACUUGUUACAUGUGGAACAACUAUAGGUUGUUGGACUACGCCACAGAUAAUAAGUUGGCCUCAUUCUUGUGUUUCUUAAUGGUCGAUAUUGCAUUUUAUAUUGAUCAUCGUCUAACACAUGAGGUCAGUAUAUUAUGGUUGGGUCAUGUACAACAUCAUUCUGCCGAGAAGUUCAACCUGAUUGGUAACCUGAGGUUGAGUUUCCUCAAGAUCUACCGUACCUGGACCUACCUCAUACCCAUGGGUCUUGUGUUCCCACCUCAGAUGCUUUUCUUCCAUCUCCAAGCCAACAACAUAUACCAAUUCUUCCUCCACUGCAAGUACGUUCCCAAGCUUGGACCAAUCGAAUGGAUCUUCAACACUCCAAGCCAUCACCGUGUCCAUCACGCCAGGAACCCCAAGUACAUUGAUAUGAACUAUGGAGGUGUCCUGAUCAUUUGGGACCGCAUCCUUGGAACCUUUGUCGAGGAGGAUGAAGAAUGCUUUUAUGGACUAGUCCACCCUGUCAACAGCAAUGACCCGACCUGGAUCCAACUACACUACAUCUACGAUAUGUAUUUGAAGUGGAAGCAACAGACUACUUGGAGCCACAAGUUCCAAUCUUUGUUGAAGGGUCCAGGCUGGAGACCCGGCUCACCACGUUUGGGAUUCAUCGCCGAGAUACCCGAGCCAGUGAAGGGUGACUCCAAGACCAGGAUCGACCCACCCGUGGCCAGCUCUCUCAACCUCUAUGUUGUUGUACACUGUGUUAUGGUGAUUGGCUCAGUCUUUGUCUUUAUGACCAAGUAUGAAAAGGACAAUACCAACAAAGUUCUGGCGCUCUACCUCCUGCUAUGCUACCUGAGCAUCACCAUCCUGGGUAGGAUCUACGACCGCAAGAAGUAUGCUUAUGGUGUUGAGCUAUUUAGAUUGUUAUUCUUAGUCGCAUUCACCUGGACCAACGAGGGUUCCAUGGUCCAAUUCCUUCGAUCGAUCUGUGUUGCCUCAAGUGGGUUCAUGAUCACCAAGAUCAUGGAGCCACCCGAGUCCAUCCUUGUGCGAGCAUAA